CAAUAACUGCCGUCCAGGACAGUGGCGAGCGUUGGUGUCUCUUAUAGAGCCAAGAGGCGCGCUGCUGCGGUCUAGUCACGACUGGUGGUGAGGUAGCCUGCAGGUAUGUCGCGGUACGGUCGGUAUAGCGGAGAGGCAAAAGUCUAUGUUGGUAAUCUAGGCACCGGGGCUGGCAAAGGAGAGUUGGAGCGUGCGUUUAGUUAUUAUGGCCCUCUGCGCACAGUCUGGAUUGCCCGGAACCCGCCUGGUUUUGCUUUUGUAGAGUUUGAAGACACACGAGACGCAGAAGACGCUGUGCGAGGCUUGGACGGAAAGGUUAUUUGCGGCUCAAGAGUUAGAGUAGAACUGUCCACAGGCAUGCCGCGCCGAUCUCGCUAUGACAGACCCCCGGCACGCCGUCCCUUUGACCCAAGUGAUAGAUGUUAUGAGUGUGGUGAAAAGGGUCACUAUGCUUAUGACUGUCUAAGAUACAGCAGACGGAGAAGAAGCAGAUCCAGGUCCCGUUCUCACUCCAGAUCCCGGGGAAGGCGAUACACUCGUUCUAGAAGCCGUAGCAGAAGGUCUAGGUCUGGAUCUCCCCGUAGAUCGAGAUCUGGCUCCCCUCGUAGGUCAAGAUCUCCACGCAGAACCCGAUCUCCUCCUUCAGUUAAAAGAUCCAGAUCUAGGUCUCGCUCAAGGUCCCGGUCUGCCUCACGCCCCAGAAGCAGAUCAAAGUCAAGAUCUGCUUCUCCCAAAAGAAGCCGCUCGCCAUCCGCAAGUCCACGAAGGAGCGUAAGCCCAGAGAGGAAUGGCUAGAUACUUGCUGCAUUUUUUUUUUCCCUUUACUCUUCAUCUUGGAAUACUUUGUUUUAAAUGGUCACUUUGGUAGGCUAGCGUACAAUGUAUGUUAUAUCCUGUCAUCUGAUAGUGAAACUUUUGUAUCUUGAAAUUUAAAAGUACUUGUUCAUUGAAUGUUGACUGUCAUGACUAGCUUUUCAAAUUCAAAAAGUGCAGGCAUACUGAGGGGUGCAUGAGUGGAUAGGCCCAUCUUAAAACCUGUGUAGUGAAAUAACAACAUGCUUGAAUCGCAUGCCUACUUGAGAGCUCUUUAGUAAUAUAUGGAUGUGUUGGUCUUGGCAGACAGCUGCUGGGCUACCUUGUAUUACAGCUGAUCUCUAGCAGUAUGGUCCACCAUCUGGAAUAAUGUAUAUGGUUGUGCCCCCUAUGUUUCAUUCUGCAUAUCCAUAUUGUGGCGCUGUGUGAAGACCUGUGUUGCACAUCUGUUGUGACGAGCAGCUUGUAUAAAACACUUUUUUUUUGGAGUUGUCUAAAGCUUUACAACUGCAGUUCUUAGGACUUCAGCAUAUGUGAUGUUCUAAAUAAAUUUUGUUUUUUUCCA